AGAUAGAGUGGUGUGUGUUUAUCGUUUAUGUAAAUAAAUAAAAAAAAGUUAUACUUUUGUAAAACAAUUAUGAGAAAUUUUGGAAGCUAUUAAUUAAAAUUCAGUAGAAGUGAAAAAUGUCCAAGAUAGGUGAUCACGAUUUGUACGGUACCAAUUUUUCAACAGAGUCUAUGAAAGUUAUUGCAGAAAGUAUAGGAAUUGGUUAUUUAGCUGAUGAUGCUGCAAAGGAACUAGCUGAAGAUAUAUCGUUUAGAAUAAAGCACAUUAUACAAGAUGCUGCGAAAUUUAUGAACAACGCCAAAAGAACGAAAUUAUUACAAACUGAUGUAGAUUCUGCUCUGAAAGUUAAAAAUAUUGAGCCCCAAUAUGGAUUUCAAUCAACAGAACAUUUACCUUUUCGGUUCGCUUCUGGUGGGGGACGAGAGUUGCAUUUCAUUGAAGAAAAAGAAGUUGAUUUGAAUGAGUUGCUCCAAAAUAUGUGUCCGAAGGCCCCUCUAGAAACUACUUUGAGGUCUCACUGGAUGUUUAUUGAUGGAGUACAGCCUACUAUACCUGAAAAUCCACCUCCAGUUGCAAAAGUUGUACAAAAAUUGGAAUCAGUGGAUCCAGUAAACAAAAAACCAAUAAAAGAAACAUCAGGAAAGCCAACAACAGGAAAACAGAAACUCAAAAAUGUAGAGACAGUCCAAAUUAAACAGUUAGCAACCCAUGAACUCUCUGUUGAGCAGCAGUUGUACUAUAAAGAAAUAACAGAGGCUUGUGUAGGGUCUGAUGAAGCUAGGCGAGCAGAAGCCCUACAAAGUUUAGCAUCAGAUCCUGGUCUACAUGAAAUGUUGCCCAGAAUGUGUACCUUCAUUAUAGAAGGUGUUAGAGUUAAUGUUGUUCAGAACAAUUUGGCCCUUUUGAUAUAUUUGAUGAGGAUGGUUAAAGCACUGUUAGACAAUCAGUCACUAUAUUUAGAGAAAUAUCUUCACGAAUUGAUUCCUUCAGUAACAACAUGUAUAGUAUCAAAACAGUUAUGUAUGAGGCCAGAAUUAGACAAUCACUGGGCUCUCAGAGAUUUUGCAUCAAGACUGAUGGCUCAAAUUUGCAAAAAUUUCAACACUAGUACAAAUAACAUACAGACCCGUGUUACGAGAAUGUUUACGAAUGCAUUGCAGCAGGAUAAAGUCCCUCUUUCUUCAUUGUAUGGUGCACUACAGGGAUUGUCAGAACUGGGAGCGGAAGUUACUAGGAUCUUUAUCUUACCAAAAGUUAAGAAUAUUGGAAAUAGAAUUGAAGGAUACCUAGAUGGCAAUCCAACAUCGAAUAUGGAAAAAAUUGCCUCUGGGCAUAUCAAACAGUUACUUAUUAAAGUUCUUGCUCCUGUAUUGAAGAGCAUAAGGAACCCACCAGAUAAUCCAGAUGAAUAUAGGCAAGAAUAUGGAUACUUAGGGCUGUCACUGCAUGCAGCUGUUGUUAAAGCGAGAACUCAGCCAAAUAUUUUGCCCACUUCAGUAUCAAAUGUUAAUAAUCCAAUUACUUGUAGUUCUCCAAUAACGAAAACUAUCAAUACACCAAGUGGUAUAAUCCAGCAGCAGAACCCUGCUGGAAGAACAAUUGUCAUGAAUCCCAGUCCAAGAGCACAAAUACCACAAUCCAAUCAAAAAUUCGUGUUUGUAUCUCAAAGACCACAAACACCAAUGAGCACUUCACAUCAAAUCCAACAAAGCCAGAGCAUAUCGACAUCCCAGAACACUGUUGUCAAAUUCGUUUCCAACCUGAAUCAAGCCCAGCCCAAGUUGGCAACUCAACAAAAAUUAGUGGUAGUAUCGAAUCCAUCAGCGCAAGCAAACUUCCAGACACAAUCGCCUGGCUCGACGCUGCUUCUUUCCAAACAGAACUUUGCUCUACAGCAACAGAUUCAGCAUCAACAGCAGCAGCAGCAACAACAGCAACAGUCUCCUAUUAUGGAUGAUAUAUCUCAUUUGGUUCAGUAAUAUAUGUGUUAAUAUUA